CAUUUAAGUGCCUGUCAGCUUUACUAAAAAACGGAAACUGAAAUGAUUCUGAAUGAAUUUCGAAAGCGUCCUUAAAAUCUUGUGUUUGGUGCUGUUCACUUAAAGUGAACGUCGUGUAAACUGAGAUCAACUCUUUUGUUUCUAGGACAAACAAUGAUACAAGAAGUCACACGAUACAAUGGCGGCAAAUUAACACAUAAUUAAUUUACACCAGCAAGAAGAGCUAGUCGACUCACAUCUCGGUCGUACGCAAAUUUAAACAUGAACACUGCACAGACCAGCCGCUUGGGGGAAAAUAAACCCAUUUUAGUAAAACUUGUUCUUGUAGGAAAGCUCGGUGUUGGAAAAUCAGGUAAAGACACCUCAUUGCAGUUGAAGUGUUUAACUUUCUUGAGAUCUUUUAACAUUUUAUGGUGCUUAACUAUUUUCCAUUGCCUUUGUUGUCCAUGUUGUUUUAAGCACUCGUCUGUUUUUCUCAACGUAGCCUAUAAACACUAUUCAUAUUUUUGAUAUGUUAGUAUGCUUACAUCUUCUGUAUUUUCAUAGCUAUGAUCGUGCGGUUUCUAACGAAAAGAUUCAUUGGGGAGUAUGACCAAAACAUUGGUAAGUUGACUAUAGUUUGCUAUGUGUUUGUUUUGUGAACUCUCUAAUGGAAUCCGGCGUCAAACAUCUCAACUAACCGUAAACUCUCAUUGUAAAGCGCUUUAAUGGAAAUGCCUCCUAUCUCUGUUUACACAUGAACACAUUUAUAUCUUUCAAACUUAUCCUGGGUUAUGAAGUGCCGGCCGCUCGGCAUAGCAGUUUGUUAUUAAGUAAGUGGAUUUACAUAUGUGAUUAACAACCUCAUGCACAAAAUGAAAUGCCCUGUUCUAAAAAAGUGAAUUUUUUUACCCCAAUUCUACAAUAGGUUUACAAGUCUCUUAGUAUGCUUUUAGUGAAUUUGAUUUCUAAGAAGAAAGACUGAGUUUGUGCGAAAAUGGCCUAUGAACUCUGAAAAGCGAAGGCAAAGUGAUCGAGUGGAUGCAUACGUACAGAGAGAAAAUAUAUAUGAUUUGGUCAGUUUUAAGAGAUUAGGAACAGACCGUGUUGGUAAAUAGUUUAUUUUUGACAUCAAAGCUUGAGGUAAAAUAGUUUGAAAGAUUGAAAUAGUGGCGGUUGUAAAGUUCUUGGCAACUAACGGCACGAGUGCCCCGGCUACGCCAUAAGCGUAUUUUGUACAACGCGAUUUUACUGAUUCCCUAGCGACUGAGCUACGCGAAAAAGGUGCUGUAUUGAGGCUGCAAAUUACAGCAACUUAACUAAGCAGGUUUCAAUGGCUUACAAAGAACAAGUGGAUUAACUAAAGUGUUAAAAUUUGAAAAUUAAUUUUGAUUUUACAUCUUUUAAGUGUCGGGCUGUGAUUUCUGGCAACUUACUUUCACUUAAUAAAUGACCACAAAUCGCGUGCCUAGCUCAGAGAACACUAAUAUUGAUACUAUCGAAAAAUAAACCGACUAUCGAUAAGAAACCACCUUAUCUAUAUGUUUCCUUUGCAUUAAAGCAGAAUUGUCUGAUUUGUCACUCGGUUAUAAACCACAAUAUUUGAAUAAGAUAUGCAAAAGAUUAUCAUGUAGUCUGGUUCAUAGCCGAUUAAUGUUAUGAGUUUGGCAUCUCAUAGUAACUGUUACUUUCUGGGGAAAAAACACAGAUUCAGAAAAGAAGCUCACACUUUUUCGAGGUUAGUGCAUCCAUUUGUAACUGAAAAAGAGUUUCUCUUACACAGAUUUUUUCUUACCAAAAAUAGCUCGAAUUGAACAAGGCCAGCCAGGUCCGGACCAUACAUUUCCCGUCUGAGAAACCGCGUGGAGGUUGUUUGUUGAAAUAUCAAUAUUUGUUUGAAAAACAGCUUUCACUUAGAGCCCCGUCUAAAAUUCUGGCGGAAAAUACUCUGACUGUUAUCAUGCAGGACUUGAUUUGAUUGUUUGUUUAAUAGGCACUUUUUAAUGUACUAGAAGCCUUCCGUGCCUCCAAACUCCACCUGAAAUGAUAUAAUCUUUUCGCUGUUUGGAAACUUGAAGGACUCUUUACAAAAAAAUGUAACUCUUACGUUCAGCAUAACGCACUUGACUGGGACACACAGUCUUUAAAGGGUACCUUUUUCUGGUAAGAGUUCAAAAGCUGAGUAGUUCCGGGAUCUUUUGAGUCCAAUAAGUAACAAGAAAGGAGCCAAAAGCUCGGUGUUAUUCGUGGUGAAACCGAUAGUCUGGACCUUUCACAGUCAUCGCUGCAAAGACACGCAUUUAAUGGCCCUCCAAGCUAUAGUAUUUUAACUUUUUCUCAAGGGACUGAAAAGUUGUUGUAGGCGAAGUGUUUUCCUUCAAGUGUUAUAAUCAAUUAACUUACUCUCGUAGUUUGCACACAAAUCACGAAACACAGCUAGUGCCCAAAAAAACCGAUCCUGAUAACACCAAUAGAAGAUCAAGACAAAGUAACAAUUGGUUUUAUUUUUUUGGUUCUGAUAUUUUAGUUUGAAACACAAACAAUGAAAAGGACAAAAACACAAAUGCCAGCCCUAAACUACCCUUCGUGCAAGCUCUCUCUAGCUAGAGACGCGUGCGAGCUCUUCCAGCUAACUCUACCCCUGUCAUGAGACGAGAGAGCUUGCUUGUAAGCUGACUGAUAUAUUUUGUCAGAGGUUAAUGUAAUGACUCUUGUAAAAAUAUCGAUAAAGACACACAGCUAAAAGGUAAACAAAGUAAAUGCAAGUAAAUGCAAGUAGUAUCGGCUUUGCAACAACAGAGUGUUUACAUUUCAAUAUUUUUUCCAAUAUUUUACGUAAUAGAACUCUCUCCUAAAACAGAUGAUACAUUUGGGUCAGGUUUAAUGUGUUCGUCUUUUAUAAAAGAGAUGUACUUCUAAAAGAGUCAUCUAAAAGGAGUGGAAAAAGGCGAGGAGCAACUUUAAAGUAUCCUUAUCAGCGAGGCUGGGGUGUCUGUCUAUAGAGGUGUCUUUGUAUCAUUGAUUAUUCAUGUUAUUUCUGAGGUUCAAAUGAAGGCUUUUUUAUAAAUGUCGUAGUAAAAUACUCCAGCAUUUUACUGAGCUCGAUAAUAUACCGAGAAACUGAGCAAGUAAAGUGCCUGAAUAGCUCUCAUUACGUAAUUUUGUGUCGUAGUUACUAGCUCUAGCUCUAACUAUGCUCUAAUGUACUUGUGAAAUUUGAAAGAGCUUUAAUUUCACGAUUUUGAUUCAUUAUCUUUCAAGGCACAACGAUAGGUUUAGUUGGCGGGUGUGAGGAGAGAGUUUGCUUGGCGGGUGCGUGUUGAGGUUGCGGUUCGAGGCUGUGUGUACGGAUAAAAAUCGUUGGUGUAAUUUGUAAGUUCAAGCUUUACUCUACCCCAGGGUCUAGUAAGCUGGCAAAGGAACAACAUGAGUACAUAACAUACUAUGUUAAAAAUAUGUUGACUUUUAAUAGAGCGAGAAAAUCAGCGUAGUUUAUUCCCUGACCAAUGAGAAUACGAAUAAAUCAAACAGAUCUCACAGUUACUACUUGCCGCGAAUUAGCGAAUGAAAACUCGACUGGUUGAAUCACGAAUAAGCUGAUUGUUAAAGAAAGUGGCGGGUGAUUUGUCAGCCAAUCACAAGUAAGAAAUCACUUCAAAAAUUCGAAAGUGUAGGUUGAAAUUGCUCUAUAUAUCACUUAGCCUGCGAACACAGACGUAUUUCCGGUCUUCGCUUCUCUCCACCCGAAAAUAAGACUAUAUAUCACCCCUAAAUUGAGGAUUUACUGGUAAUUUUAACAUAAGCCCUAGAAAUCAUGCAGUUGAAAUUGUUCCAGGACGACCAUCCAAUGCUUCAAAUUCUGUCAACAGGAUGAGGACGCAUACCGCUGGCCGUAAACGUCGCGUUGAACCCAUAUCUUUCGUUAUCGUUCGGUCUGACAAUCCUUGAGCACAGUCUUAGACGUUUUUAAACUGAAAUGUUUUUAUCUUAGGUUUAAUGUAUCAUUAUCAUAAAAGGCUGGAAAAUCAACAAGUGCGAGUAGAAAUUCUCGAGUCUGGAGGCAAGGUUAGUUAACCAAAAAAUAUUUCCUAUUUUUGACUAGUAAAUGAUUGUUGUGGUGUAUUGCUACUAUGAAACUACAAUAAAUAAAUAAAUAAAUAAAUAAAUAAAUAUUAUUUAUUUAUUUAUUUAUUUAUUUAUUUAUUUAUUUAUUUAUUUAUUUAUUUAUUUAUUUAUUUAUUUAUUUAUUUAUUUAUUUAUUUAUUUAUUUUAACGAUUUAGAGGUAGCCGUCCACAUAGUGGUUCUUCGUCUACCAGUUCCUGGUCGAAUUGAAAUUUGGAAAUGUUGGUUUUUGAGGAGAAGGGAAAACCGGAUCACCAAGAACCAACAACAAACUCAACUCACAUUUAGCGUCGACACCGGGAUUUGAACCCAGGCCACAAUGAUUGGAGGCGUGUGCUCUCACCACUGCGCCAUCCUUGCUCCCCUCUCUCUGCGAACUUGAUGUUAACCAGUUAUUAACCAGCUUCCGUGUUCAUAGAACCUAUAUAAUAGCAAAGGUUAUACAGUUCUAUGGGAUGUUUACUUCCGGGUGGUCUGAAUGUACAUGGUCUUUGAACGAAACUGAAGUUAUUUUACUGUAUUCAUCAGGACUUUAUUGAGAGCAGUGAUGUCCACACUUUGUGGGGAGAUGUGUUUUUGUUGGUGUACGCUAUUAACGACCGCUCAAGCUUUGAAGAACUGAUCCCACUGAGACAACACCUAGAGAAAGUUCGAGCGGCUGAUAAACCGCUUGUAGUACUGAUCGGUAACAAGAAGGACACAGAAAAUGACAGAGAAGUCGGCAAACAAGAGGGACUUCAGUUUUCCAAGGAAAAUAACUGCUCGUAUUACGAAAUCUCCACAAAAGCAAGCUACGAAGACGUCGAAAAUGUGUUCUCUGAGGCAAUACGAGACAUCGCGCGACAUAAAAUGACACAACGGGCUUUAAACGGGGUAAAACAAACUUCUCACAACAAGAUUAUGGAAAUUGUCGAAAAGAACGUGGGGAGAAACAGAGCUAUGUCAAGCGUGAAAGAAACCAUCGACGAAUACUGUGCAACGAGGUCUGAAGAACUCUCGCAGGACUUCUCACGUGAUCGACGCAAUACUUUUACAUAGAGCGCUUUUAAGUUUGAGUGUGUAUGGUACUCCUGUGAUUUAUUUGGGUUGACUUUUUUUACACUUUACACUUAAAUGGCUUAAAGCAUUUGAGGAACAAGGAUUAACACAGUCGGUUAGUGCACGGCCUCCUGUUCGGGAGCCGGCUCUGAAUUCUAUUCCCAGUUGUGAGUACAGAUCCUUGUUUGUACUUCAUUCCUUUCCGUGUGGCUUUAACUAGCUUUAAAUACCUGUUAAACGGAGCACUGAUGGAAAAUCAAAGGG